UAAUUAAAUAAUUUAAAAAAUAAAUAAUUAAAAAUAAAUAAUUAAAAAUAAAUAAAAUACCGGAGUUGUUGCUAGCUGGUCAUUUACCCCUACAAGUGAAUGACCUUUGAAAAAAGGUCUUUUGCCUCAUAGGGGGAAGACUGGGUGGACCGUCAAGCCUAAGUUGUGGCACUCAGGAUGGAGUUCUCUACAGUUUUAUGUGAAUGUUAAAUUGCGAUACAGAAAUUAACCUACACCAUGGUCACAUGAUGUGCAACAAGGACAAUGGCAAAUAUGACUGGGAAGCUUUGGCUAGUCAUGUGCAGACCAAGAGCACAGAUCAAGUCAGAACCUACGUUCGAAGGAUUAGAGCAAGAGCAAAACAAGGAGCAUCGUCUCGGAGUGAGGACAAACCACCUAUCGAUGAAUGGAUCGCACUUUCGGAAAAGCUAAGCAAAGACUCGACCGCAGUAAAAAGUUGUCUGUCUCAGAUAAUGCGGUUGGCUGCAGUCGAGCCUCUGCCGACGAUGGAAUGUCCCACUCCGAACUAUUCGCUCAUAUACAAGUAUCUUGCAUGUCUCGUUAGUGGAGAAAUGGUCCCCGACUUGCCACCCACAGAAUCGAUUGUCGUGCUGGAUUUGGUCCGUGAUCUUAUGGAGCAUCUCUCCAGUUGCGACAUCACGCCACAGUCUGCUCACAUGCGUAAAAUGUAUCCUCGGUUAGUCAAGAAAACGGCUUCUAGUGCAGCGCACACGGCCAUGGAGGAUGAUGCCUCGUCGUCGAGCACACAGGAACCUAUUCCGGCUGAAGACUCAGACACACCUCGGCUUCAACCGAGCCUCUCGGCCGUUCUCCAGUCAUUCAAUCCAUUCGAUAUUCCAGUCCAACUGCUGAGUCCCAGUUUAAAACGUGAUGAUGAGUGACGUGAGAGAACAAUGGAGUUUGAGUGAAAAAAGUAAAGAAAACAAAAACAAGUUUUUUGCGAAAUAAACAAAUAAAAGUCCAGUGUAUUACACUUGUGUUUUCAAAUUCAAAUUAAUUAAUAUAAUAUAUUAAUUUUAUAAAUAAAAUAAAAAAAUAAAAUAAAAAAUAGGAAAAAAUAAAUAAUAAAUAAAAUAUAAUAAAAUAAAAAAUAAAACUAGAAUAAAAAAACUAGAACAAAAAAUUAAAAAAUGUCAAAUUAAUUAAAUAAAAAUAAAAUAAAAAAUAAAAAUAAAAAAUAAAAUAAAAAAUAAAAUAAAAUAAAAAAUAUAAAAAUAAAUAAAAAAUAGAAGAAAAAAUAAAUUGUAGUGAAAUAAACCCCCACGACCUUGUCACGACUCUUGAUGUAUUAUGAUUG